AUGAAGGCCUUCACACUCACCCUGGGCCUUGCAGCCCUCGCCAAAUCUCAGAGUUUCGAUUGGGCUUCGAUUGACGCAGUGCCGACCCCUUCGAAGGUUGUGGUUCCGAUUGGUGCUGGAAGCACCACGGUGCCAUAUGACAGCAACGCUGCUGUUUUCAGCGCAGGCGCCGAAGUCACUGCUUCACCUCUCAGCCAGUCAGUCACGACAGCACUCGCUCCAGGCCCCAAGAGGCGAGGCAGAGCUGCUGUCAUCGAGCGGGAUGAGUGCUCGCCACAGCCUCUGGGGUCAGGCCCGACACCUCAGCCUGACACGGCGGAGGCCUUCUUAGCCGAUUCUUCCUUCUUCUCGACGGCGGAGAAUGCCCAAGCACCGUCUGGCUUCAAGCGCUCUUUUAAGAACCUGCAAGGCUCUAACUCAGCCUACGCUUACAUGGGCUACACUUCUCUGGACAGCUACAGUGCCGAUGAAUGUGCCUCAAAGUGCGAGGCCAUCCAUGGUUGCAAUGCUUUCAACAUUUUCUUUGAAAGAGAUCCAUCACUCGACCCGGGCGUUAGCUGCCCAGAUCCCCCUAGCACCACCGUGAUCAAGUGUGUCUUCUGGGGCGGCCCCGUCUACGACACCAACGCCGACAACAACGGCCAGUGGCGCAGGGACUUCCACGUCGUCAUCGCCGGCUCUAAUGGCUACAAUACUGAGUCGUUUGAUGCUCCUGACGGCUACACCUCUACCACUCUUGGCCAGGUGGCAAUCAACGAGCCCUCGGGAUGCAGCACCUACAUGGGCGUGAAGACGUUUAGCAGCGGCCCCUUUGACCCGGCCCUCUGCGCCGAGGCCUGCUCGGCUCAGAGCGAGUACAACAGAGCUCACCCUGACUCUGGCGGCAACUACCAGACGUGUCAAUUCUAUAAUACGUAUAUGCUGAUCCAGAAUGGUGGCUCCGGCGUUCAGAUUUGCUCCUUGUACUCCGCCUCCUGGGACCAAAGCUAUGCUACCAAUGAUGGGCAGUGGCGUGGGGAUGAUCACUACACCGUCGACUUCAGCGUCACUGGCAGCAACAGCACCGACCCCGGCUCUGCUACCUGCUCUACCUAA